AUGCAGGCUCCUGUGGUGGUUAUGAGUAUGCGAACUAGCAGCCAGUACCUACACGAGCACGUGCUCACAUGAAUACAGACACGGCGACCGGCGACCGCAAGACCGGGCGACAAGCACAGCUCUCCAACAUCACCGCCGCAAAGACCGUCGCCGAUAUCAUCCGAUCAUGUCUCGGCCCCAAGGCCAUGUUGAAGAUGCUGCUGGAUCCCAUGGGAGGAAUCGUCCUGACCAACGACGGCCACGCUAUCCUGCGGGAGAUCGAGGUCGCCCAUCCUGCAGCAAAGAGCAUGAUCGAGUUGGCGCGGACGCAGGAUGAAGAGGUGGGAGACGGCACUACUACUGUCAUCAUCCUGGCCGGAGAGAUUCUUGCCUUGUCCUUACCUCAGCUUGAGCGCAACAUCCACCCAGUCAUCAUCAUUCAAGCCUUCAAGCGUGCACUGGCAGAUGCUCUGAAGGUCAUCCAGGACGUCUCGAUACCCGUGGACAUCAACGACACCGAGGUCAUGCGGAGUCUCAUCUCGACCUCGAUCGGCACCAAGUUCACAUCCCGAUACUCAGACCUCAUGUGCGAUCUCGCUCUUCGAGCAGUACGAACAGUCAGCCACGAUGCAGGCGGUGGCAAGAAGGAGGUGGACAUCAAGAGAUACGCGCGUGUUGAGAAGGUGCCCGGCGGGGAGAUCGAAGACAGCAAGGUGUUGGACGGGGUUAUGCUGAACAAGGACAUCACACAUCCCAAGAUGAGGAGACGGAUAGAGAACCCACGUGUCGUACUGCUCGAUUGUACGCUCGAGUACAAGAAGGGAGAGUCGCAAACAAAUAUUGAGAUUACCAAGGAGGAGGACUGGAAUCGCAUUCUGCAGAUCGAGGAGGAGCAAGUGCGAAACAUGUGCGAUGCCAUCAUUGCUGUGAAGCCGGAUCUGGUCAUCACGGAGAAGGGUGUCUCGGAUCUGGCCCAGCACUUCUUCGUCAAGCACAACAUCACAGCUCUGCGUCGCGUACGAAAGACGGACAACAACCGUGUCGCUCGUGCGACGGGUGCGACCAUUGUCAACUCCGUCUACGACCUUACGGAGCGUGAUGUUGGAACUCACUGCGGCCUGUUCGAGAUCGAGAAGAUUGGCGACGAGUACUUCACCUUCCUCACCAAGUGCAAGAAUCCCAAAGCCUGCACAAUUCUUCUCCGCGGACCAUCGAAAGACAUUCUGAACGAGAUCGACCGGAAUCUGCUGGACGCCAUGUCUGUCGCGAGAAAUGUCAUCUUCCACCCAUACCUUUCACCUGGUGGUGGUGCGACCGAGAUGGCUUGUGCGGUGAAAUUAUCACAAGCCGCCAAGGGCGUCGAGGGAGUACAGCAGUGGCCGUACCGAGCGAUAGCGGAAGCUAUGGAAGUGAUUCCACGAACGCUCAUCCAGAACGCUGGAGGCUCUCCCAUCAGAGUAUUGACGCAGCUUCGUGCCAAGCACGCUGAAGGUGGCAGCACUUGGGGCAUUGACGGAGACGCCGGCAAAAUUGUGGACAUGAAGGACUACCAGAUCUGGGAGCCGCAAGCCAUCAAGCUGCAGAGCAUCAAGACCGCUGUUGAGAGUGCCUGCUUAUUGUUGCGGGUGGACGAUAUCGUGGGAGCGAAGCAAGCCAAGACUGGCGGAGGUGGUGGAGAUGACUAG